AUGCUGACGAAAAAGGAAAAACUGCUCAUCCGUCCGUGGCAGAUGCAGCGGUACAUCAAUCAUCGCAUCAAGGUAGUGACUGCUGUGCCUGCGAUAGACUUUCACCCUCCGCCGGAACGAGUGCACAUUACACAGAAGCUAAAGAAGCAACAAAAGGAGCUGGAAAGAAAGGAGAAGAUCGAACAGGAAAACAUCCGGUUGCUGCAGCGUCUCGGGGCCAUCAUGAGCAAGAAGCGGCUGGAUAACAUUUGGACGUACACCCGUCCGAAUUUUCUUUGUCGGGAAUAUAUCUAUCCUGUACGCCCAAGGACCACUCCGGACACGUCAGGUCGUCGAGGAUCCUUUGCUCUGCCGCCGGAUGCCAACUGUUCCGAUUCGACAGUCUCACCGCUGGCCAAGAGUACGCGUUCCAUCCGUUGCAGUGCCUGCAAUUCUCCGCGUCGUCUGGCAACCCAGCUCAAUCGUGUAGCACCGGAAGGCCGCAUUCCUUGGGCGCCACAAAAGAAGACCACCAACCGCAAACUGCUGCAGGAGGCUGAAACGGAACAACACGUCUGCUGCCGGUUCUGUUGUUGCUGA